GACAAAUAUCGUGCAUACUUCCCUAGUUGCCGAUAUCUCUAAUAGUUGAUCCAGUACAAAUCUCUAUUCGGACGAUUCUGGUAGUAAAUGGCAUCGCAGUUCGGGGUACGAUCGUGUUGAUAGGAUCAUCUGUCCAUUUCCGGCCAUCAAGUCGAGGCUUUUUGCCAAUGACCUCCUCGCUUGAGUAUUAAAUCGGCUAACUCCCCGAAAUCGAAAUUCUAACGGUUAUAUCCAUUUGCGAAGAUGGUCGCCCUCAAUCAAGUCGUGGCCGAUGGCGCUCAUUUGGUCGCAAGAGCCGUCGAAUACCAAAUCCGACAGGCUACUUCGACAGUAUUGAGCUCAAGCAAUUCUGCGACGCCAUCCCCAACAUCCGGUACUUCCAUUUCAUCGACAACCUCGCCGACCGCAUCCCCGGACCCUUCACCCACCAACAACAGCAAUAAUGAUCAGAACAAUGGUGGACAGUCGUCGACUAGCUCUCCUUUGCUAUUCUUUGUUGCGUUGGGGUUUGGUGUCGUCUUCACUAACCUAUGGAUUAUUGUCGGCGUCAAGUAUUGUUUUAGGUAUAAUGCUCGGAAUCGACAACUGAGAGGGUUGGAUGAAAAUGGAGAACCCAUCAACCUCGAGAACAUGCCUGCAAGGCCGCAUAGACGACGUCGUGAGAAGAAAUUAAUGACGAUGGAUGAAGUUAACGAAAAAUUCCCUAUGAUGAAAUACAAGGCCUGGGUGUCAGCACGUGCGAGAGAAGGAUUACCAACCGCCGGCGGCGUAUCUGCACCAGCAAGUCGCGCUAAUAGCGUCAUGAGCGUCGAAGGUAUUGUGCCAGAAACACCAUCUAAAGAACCAUCCCAUACCGAAGAACAUCUAGAUUCUGUCGCCAUCCCGAAAGUUGCAGACCACGAAAAGCCGAACCCCAGCCCGGGAAUCCAGCACAACACAUCGGAGAAUAAUGCCGCUACCGAAGAUACGCUUACUCAAUCGAGAACUGCCGAAAGCAUCAUUACGAAAGAUCAUGAUCACCGCACAAGCGUUGAUGAAGAUGAUGAAGACGAACAUAUAGAUGCUGCCUUGCCUCCCGAGCUUGUCGGUACACAAGGUGAUACGUGCGCCAUCUGUAUCGACACACUUGAGGACGACGACGACAUCCGUGGUCUGACAUGCGGUCACGCUUUUCACGCAGUUUGCAUCGAUCCUUGGUUAACUAACCGCAGGGCUUCCUGUCCUCUCUGCAAGGCUGACUACUAUACACCUAAACCCCGCCCACCUCCUGCGGACGGGGACCCGACUAGUCCUACAUCGCCUAAUGCUGAUCCGACUCGAAAUAACGGCCGUAUGAACAUGCCGAUGUCCCCGCAACGUACGUUUACUUCGUGGAGUAAUUUCCGGGGAGGCCCGCGUGGUAUGAUUCCGGGUCGCUUCGGAGGUGUGGGCGCGGGUACGGAAUCAUCCAAUUAUAGUCGACAACCUCGAAUAUGGGAGAGAAAUCGCGCAGAUCGCCAACGAAGCCAUACCGAAGCGCAGCCGGCCGCGUCGGAUAAUCCAGGUCUUUUCACGAGAGUUCGCAGUCGGUUCCCACCAUUCAGAUUAAAUGAUAUGAUGCGAAGGGAACGUAACGGGCAGGCGAACGAGGCUAGCGAAGCGACUGCUUCUGGUGCUAACGGCGCCGCGAAUACCACGCCGUCGCAAUUAGAAGCAGGUGUACGGCCGUCGGCAACUACGGCGAAUUAAGAAUCUCUUAUCCAUAGAACGUCGGCUUAAUCAACGGAAUAUAUAAAUGUUACAUUGUUUUCUGAUGGCUUUUUUUCUCGACCAUAUCAUGUACACGACCCCGCGAAAUGAGCUAGCAUAUCCUCAUACCCCUUAUUGUUUGCUCUAAAAUUUUCUCAUUUCAUUUUCCUACGGUUGUCGAUAUCUUGCUAAUAUCUACCGAUCCGACGCGAAGGAUUCGGUAGACUAUGCAGGAAGGCGGGAGCAUAAUGCGAGAGUUUCCAGAGGUUGACGUUCUGUUGUUACA